AUGGCAGACUCUCCCUCUACCAAUUGUGCAAUGCCUAAAAAACAACAAAAUCCUUCCCUAGAAUCUCUACCCACAGAUUUACUAUUGGAUAUAUUUGCAAAGGUGGCUUUUUAUUCCAUUGAAGAUAUUUCCUACAUCAAACUGACCUGCAAGGAGUUUCUUCGUGUCGCAGAACAUGAUUAUGUGUAUCAUAAUUCAUCAUUGGAAAAAUUUGCAUUGCAACCUUUGGAAUGGAUCAAUUCAGAAAAACCAUUUCGUCAUUAUGUACAGGUUCUUUCUCCUAAUGAAGAAGGAUCUUUGAAUGUGAUAAAGGUAUUCGAGUGGAAAUUAACACCGGAACAAAGGUUCAACAAAGAACGACAGGCAUAUUUCUUAAGGCGUUGCAAGGAAAGUAACAACCCUAAAAUUAUGUACCGUGAAGGAAUGCUUGAAUAUUUCAGAGAAACAUCAAGUUCAAGUUCCAUCGCCUUGGCUUUUGAAAACUUGAAGACUGCUGCUCUGAAUGGUCAGGAUGAUGCCAUGUACGUGUAUAACAUGCUCUUGAUGUGA